AUGGGAGCGUCGCGGUUGACCGAUCAAGGAUGCCGAGACAAGCACAGCUUUGCCACUCAGAACUGCCUUCCUACCAGCGGGCGGGCUGUGAUAGAGUUCGAGGUACCACGCCUCAUCAUGACGGCAACUACCUCUGGCCUCAAAGUCCCGUUUCCACAGGAUCAGAACCUUCACACCUUCCUCUUCAGCAACCCGCUUCAGCAUCAUGCCAACCACUUUGCCGAUCAAUACCCCAAUCACACCUUUGACGGCACCACCAUCCCUGAGCAGCGUCCCAUCUUGGUCCACGAUGGCACCGGUGCACAGCUCAGCUGGGCAAGACUCAAAGCCGACAGCUUGCGUCUCGCUCGCUCCCUCCAGACCUUGACCGGUCCACCACCGGCUUUCGUGUCGGAUCCCAAAAGACCUCGCGAGCCGAUUCACGCACCGCGAACCACCGUGCUCCUACACGUACCCAACGGCAUCGUCUGGCCUCUUGUCGCACUCGGCACCGUUGCUGCCAACCUCACCGUCUGUCCCAUCUCCACAUACCUCAGCCCACGCGAGCUUGCCUAUAUCCUCGCCAAAGCUCGUCCGCAGGUCCUUUUCACCACCGUCGGUGCAGAAGGUGAAGUUCCGCUCCGCAAGGCUCUUCAGCUUCUUCUCGACUCACCUCCUGCCGACAACGGCCAGGUUCCGGGAUCCGAGAUCCAAGCUUGGGCUCGUCAGCUUGCAGAAGAUUGGGACCAGGCCGAAGCAGCGAGGCUCGAAAAGAGCAACCAGAUUCCUUUCCGUCGCCGCAGAGUUUGGACCGUCGAUGUCACGUCCGGCAUGGACUACUACGGCAACAACUUGAAUCGACACGGCGUCGCCUCGGCUCACGACCCUCGCGAUUGGACACAUCUCUUGCUGCCUCCCACAGGCAGCAAGGCAGAAGGCAGCAUCGCCAGUCUCGACCGUCCUGCCUUUUCGCCCGCGCCCAUGACACCCGAAGAACAGCAGAGGAGAAUCGCUUUUGUGCUCUGGUCCAGCGGCACAACCGGUCAGAGCAAAGGCGUGCUCAUCAGUCAUCGUGCUCUCGUGAGCAACACUUUGGGAGUAUGGGACACCAAUCCGCACUUUACCGGAACGUCCAGAGGCGCAAGCGGUGGUGGUGAGCGCUGGAUCACACUGGCGCCGUGGUAUCACGUCUACGGUCUGGCAACCGUCUUGCUCCCCACGGUCGCUUUCGGCACCACGCUCAUCAUCCCGUCCUCGCCCAAAUUCGAUCUGGGCUACUACCUUAGACUUGUCACUCGCUACCGUGCCACUUUCAGCCACAUUGCCCCGGCGGUGGCCGUCGCAUUGCGCUCCUGCCCACACCUCGAUCCAGCCUCUCCGCAAAGCAAAGGCAUUGACCUUUCCAGCAUAGCCGCGUUCCUCACCGGUGGUGCUCCUGUCCCUGUUGAAGUGGUGCGCAAAGUGUACGAACGUACUGGCAAAUACAUCCAGCUCGGCUACGGCACCACCGAAACUUGCUCUACCUCGCAGACCGGUGGGUUGGGACUGGAUGCCGACGCUCAGGCAUUGCGCGACGAGCUCGGUAGCGCGGGCUUUCCCUGCCCCAACACCGAAAUCCAAAUCCGAUCGCUGCCAGGCACGAGCAAGGAGCAAGCCGAACAUCGACGACAGGAGAUUGUCACCCUUUCCCGCCAAGCGAGAGCUCGUGGUGAGCGUGCGCCGCUCGAUCCAGGACUGGUCGGUGAGGUGCUCAUCCGCGCACCUGCUGUCAUGUCGGGCUACUUUUCGGGCCUCUCUUCCGAAACGCAGUCUGCGCUCGACGUGCAGCUGACUGCAUCGGCGUUCACCGAUGACGGAUGGUACCGUUCUGGAGACGAAGGCUGUCUGGAUGCAAAUGGACGUUUGUGGAUCACAGGAAGGACAAAGGAGCUGAUCAAAGUGAAAGGAUUUCAGGUACCGCCUGCUGAACUGGACGACCUGUUCGCUACCCACCCAGAACUUGUCGAUGCUGCCGCUACAGGAUUUGUACAGGACGCUUCGACAGGUGAAGAGCAGGUCCUCCUGCUUGUUGUGCCAAAGGACAAGAAAAUGCUCAGCCAAGAGGACAAGAUGCGAGAGUUGGCAUCGCGUCUCCAUACGUGGGUGGGAGACAAGACGGCAUACUACAAGUGGCCAAGCGUCUACCUCUUCUCCCCGUCAGCGCCGAGGAAUCCAACCGGCAAACUGUUGAGGAAGGACAUCGCUGCAGCAAAGGGGUACCGAGUUCAGAUCGUGAAGCAGUCGAGGAAAAUCACGUCGCCUGGCGCGAUGGCAAAGUUGUAG